AUGGUAUAGAUAAAGAAUGUAAAGCUCUCAGAUAUGACCAUACUUAAUGUAGAAGAGCAUAGCUUUUCUGGAUUAAGAGUUUUUCAAGAGACGAAGCUCGUUGAAAAUAAAUAAAAAAAUAAGAGCUUAGCUAUUUCAAACAUUAGUAAUAAUUAACACAUUUUAAGAUGUCUAGUAAAUAACUUUAUCUAGUAAAAUUAAAGAAAGAAAGAAGUAUAUAUUUGGAUGUUCUAAAGUAUGCAUAAGUAAGUAAAUAAAUAAAUAUGCAUGAACUUAUUACUUCAUAUCUAUAGAAAAUAUAAUAAAAUAAAUAUUUGUAUCCUUAAAACAUCUCUCUUUAUCUAUUUAUCUACUUGCAUAAUAAUCCAAAGCUUUUAAAGAAUAAUUAAUUAAAAAAUUUAAUAACUAAUUCUAAAAUUAAAUUUAUAAAAUAAUUUCAAUUUUUUAAAAUUAAAUAAAAUCUUAUCUGAAUAAAUGAGAAUAAUUUAUAUAAAAUCAAAUAAUAAAGGUCAGUAGUUAAAUAAAGUAGAGCACAGUGUUUAUUUUAAAAUAUAAGUAAAUAAAUGA